UGCAGCUAUUGUGGCAAGCAGUUUAAGAUACAGUUUCUCUUAACCCAACAUUUACGAACCCAUACUGGCAUCAAACCGUUUAAAUGUAAACAAUGCGACAAGAGAUAUUACUCUGCCAGCUCUUUACGAAACCAUCAACAAAAACACAACACAAACGCUGACAGAUUUAAAUGUGAGAUUUGCGAACGACGCUUCGUUUACAAGAAUAGUUUAAAACUCCACAUUGCUACGCAUUCAGAGGAAAAGCCAUUCGUGUGUAAUAUUUGUGGCAAGUCGUUUAAACAGAACGUCACCUUACAAGGGCAUUUAGGACAGCACAAAGGAAUUAAAUACGGCUGCGAAUUGUGCGGACAGAAGUUCAAAGAGAGGUCCUCCAUUUAUCGUCACAUGCAGCUUCACACUGGCGUUAAACCAUUCCAUUGCGAGAAAUGCGGGAAGGCGUUCUCUAGAAAAGGAAACCUAAAAGAACAUAUGUCGAUUCACGAGCCUAAAACGGUACAAACUUUGUACAACUGUUCAGCCUGUAAUAAACAAUACAAGCACAGACCUUCUAUUCACAAACAUCUACGUGUC